GACAGUAACGUUGGGGCGGCCGCACGGAAAACACACGUGCUACACGAGCAACGACGCUAGUCGGGCUUAGCGUUCCCAUCAAUAGUCAAAGAAAAUCGUCAAAAUUGAAUAGACACAACGAUCUAGCGGAUCGCACGGAUGACUUCCGGUUGUUUUACUGGGGGGGCGGGAGUGUCUGGACCACGCUUCCGUUCAGUGCGAGACGCGUCGCGGAAAUUCCCGCCGUCAGAAGGUUCGAUGAAUUUCGCUCGGCUUGAUCGUGACCGAUCGGCUUUACUUGGACGUGUGCGGAAAUAGAUCUCGCUUGACGAGUCACGCUCGUUUUUACCCCUUUUACGGUCUUUUACGCUCAUGUGAUAAGUGAAAGGUUCUGUGGCUAUCAGGGUUGAUUCUGUUGUAUCGCUUACCGCGGAAGUGGCUUUGGAGUCGAUGGCUUGUUGUGUUGUUAUCGAAGGUUAUUGAAUGCUGGUGUGCUGCGAAAGACAUUCUUUUCAUCGCAUCGUUUCUCUCGUCCUUGUAUCGCUCAAAUUGCGCGUGACUGCAACGUUGUUCACAAAUCUUAUCAGCAGCUGUUUACUAGUAGAUAUGCAAUAAAAGCUAGUCGUUUUGUAAAGCCCAUGAGCUAAAGUCAACCUACUGGAAAAAAAUUAGAAAAAAAAACUUUUAAGAAAUAUUGAAAAAGUGAACUGAAUAUUAUUGGCGCAUGAAGAAUCGUUAUAAUUGUGGCAAAAGAUAUGUCGAUAAAAAGUGCGUUGGCUCUGUUUGUGUUCGUUAAUCAAUUCAAUUGAAUAACGUAUUAAUACUCCGGGGUCAUCGUGAGGGUUAAUCGCAAUGUCCACGCCGGACACGAUGGAUACCAUCGACGAAGCGGAACAAGCGUGGCAUGAGAUGCUGGAGUGCGAGACCGGAUCUCUUUUGGGCAGAGUAGCGGACCUCGAAAGGCAAUCCUUGGCGCAGAGGGACGAGAUAGUUUGUCUUCGCGCCACUCUGGCGGAUGCCCUAAGGCGAAUCGCCCAGCUCGAAGGAAGAGAAAAACGGGAGGAUGAAAGAAACGAGAGGAGAAACGAGAGAAUAGUGUCCUCGCCUUUAAGAAACGGCCAUGUGCCUCUCAGGAGUAGUCAAAAUUCGGUGCCACAAAAGGACUUAAGGCUACGCCAGACCGGCGGACUCAGAAAUUCCUCCUCUUCGGGAUCGUCGCAGGAUGUCCGCGAUGCAACGUCCAGCCCGAGACGGCCUGUUAGCUAUGUGCAUCCCUCUCAGCUUCCUCAAAGGAGAUCCGUCCAUUAUCAGUCAACAGGUUCUUUGCAUUCGGAUAGCCCGAGUAGUAGUAGUGUUUCUCCGGUGCCAUCGCCAAGCCCUAGAGCUACACCACUGCCUGUUGCCAGAUCGCCUACGGCAAGAUCAAACGGACCGCCACAAAGUAAUCUAAGAAGAGCGAAGAGAUGGUCGUCUACCGGCGAUUUUACACAUUCCCCGCAAAACCAGGGAAGCAACUCCCAGCUCGUCGGUACCAGAUUGUCUGCGUCCACCAAGUCCCUGUUCAACCUGUUCAAGCCACCGGUGAUGAACAACGUGAAGCACGGCACCAGAGACAUGCAGUACAACGAGGAGGAAGGUACCGUCCGCAUGUACUUGCGCGGCCGACCGGUCGUCCUUUACGUCCCUACAACAAUGAUGGAGUCCUACGAUCUUCAUAAAGUUAGCACGCCGCCGCAGAGCAAAUUGAAGCUCGACUGGGUCUACGGAUAUCGGGGUCGAGACUGUCGUGGAAAUUUACACCUGCUGCCGACCGGCGAGAUCGUAUAUUUCGUCGCGGCGGUCGUUGUUCUGUAUAACAUGGAGGAGCACAGCCAAAGGCAUUACCUGGGUCAUACCGAUGACGUUAAAUGCAUAGCGAUUCAUCCUAACAAACUGAUCGUUGCGACGGGACAAGUGUGCGGCACAGAUCGCCGAGAUGCUAUGCCACACAUCAGAAUAUGGAAUUCGGUAAGCCUGGCAACUCUCAGCGUGAUCGGCAAUGGCGAAUUUGACGGAUCGAUUUUCUGCCUGUCAUUCUCUAAGGCGGACGGCGGAAAUUAUUUGUGCGCCAUCGACGAGACCUCCGAUCACAAUAUAUCGAUCUGGGAUUGGCAGAAGAGCGACCGCGGCUCUAAGGUUACCGAAACCAAGUGUUCCGUCGACACGGUGGUUUGCGCCGAGUGGCAUCCGCUGGAACGGAGCCAGAUCGUUUCUUGCGGUAAAGGACACGUGUCCUUUUGGUCCCUGGACAAUGGUGGUAUGCUCUACAAACGUAUGGGUGUCUUCGAGAGCAGGGAUAAGCCCAGAUAUGUCACUUGCAUCGCCUUCAAUCAAAACGGCGACGUCCUCACCGGCGACAGCAAUGGCAACAUUAUCGUUUGGGGUCGAGGUACCAACACAAUCUCAAGGCUAGUGAGAAAUCUCCACGAAGGAUCGAUUUUCUCGAUAUGUGUUUUAAAGAAUGGCAAUAUUAUCACGGGAGGCGGAAAAGACGGCAGAAUUUUACAUUUUGAUUCAUCCUUGAAUAUUACUGGAGAGGAAGCUCAGAUCGAAGAUCAUUUUGGUGGAAUUCGAACGCUCUCAGAAGGGAGAGGUACUCAGCUGUUAGUCGGCACCACGAGAAACUGCAUUCUCGUUGGCGAUGUUGAAAUGGGUUUUAAUCCGGCCAUGCUGGGGCACGCCGAGGAAGUUUGGGGGCUUGCAGCUCAUCCGACUUUACCUCAGUUUGCGACCGCAGGACACGACAGAUUGUUGCAGAUGUGGGACAGCCUAAGCCAUACUGUGGUGUGGAGUAAAGACAUUGGGGAGCAAGCACAAAGUAUUGCUUUUUCACCGGAUGGCAGUAUCGUAGUCGUCGGCUGUACGUCCGGGAAAUGGUUGGCUAUUGAUAGCGAGACGCGAGAAUUGUACACGCAUCAUAGCGACGGAUCCGAACCCAUUCAGGUAGUUCAAUUCUCACCCGAUGGUACCUUACUUGCACUUGGCUCCAGAGAUAAUUAUAUUUAUAUUUAUCAAGUGAACGACGAUGCGACCAAAUACAGCCGAGUUGGACGGUGUAUGGGACAUUCAAGUUUUAUAACACAUCUAGAUUGGUCCGUGGAGGGACAGUACUUGCGUAGCAACAGCGGAGACUACGAGCUGCUUUAUUGGAAUCCCACCGUGUGUCGUCAAAUUCCGCAGUCCUCGUCGUUAAGGAAUGUAGAUUGGGCAACCCAUACUUGCGUAAUAUCAUUUGAGACGAUAGGAAUUUGGCCGGAAGGUGCCGAUGGAACUGACGUAAACAAUUGUACCCGAAGUGGCGACGGCAAACUCUUAGCUACGGGCGACGAUUUUGGAAAAGUCAAAUUAUUUUCCCACCCAGCGUGUCAGCCAAAGUCAUUAUACCAUUCUUAUGGCGGUCAUUCGAGUCACGUGACAAACGUCUCAUUCCUGCAAGACGAUUCGCGAUUGGUAUCGACCGGCGGCGCCGAUACCAGCGUUCUGCAGUGGAUAGUGAAUUAAGCAAACCGUGCGGAUCGAAUAAAUCUUAUAAGUGCACUUCAAGAUCGAGCUAAGGAGAAAGAAAAAUAUCAUCGUCGUGUUGAUUAAAACUACAACCACCGUUUACUGCUCGAUCUACUUAACAAACGACGUGACAAGCGUCACGUCGUUCUUUUCUUAAAAGUAUCGAAGAUUGGAUCACACCCUGACACUUGGAUUUCUCAAUAUCAAAAUACUGUUCGCUGCACCAUCUACUUAAUCGCAACGAACAUCAUGGCUCCCGUUCUUAAAAGAAUUCUACCUGUUUAAAGGUGGGAUUAAUUUGACGCCUUAAUUUUUCAUAACAUCGAUAACAUUAGGCGCAAAAUAUUUCUUAGAUUCAAACAUUUCUCGUAUGUAAAGUAACUCAAUACAUCGCAUGUGCAAAUGUG